GUUUCCUCGUGACCACCCAUGGAGGGGUAGCCAUUCCCACCACCCUCUCUGUCACUCGAUCAUCAACUAACUGUCCCCCCCUUACUCUAUCUGCGCUUUUAUUAUCAUCCUCUCUCGCUUUUAUGUGCUUUUCAUUCACCUUCAAUCCGCUCGCUCAAUUGCCUUGCUCGCCGCGCUUGGUGCUGUUGGACCCCAUCCUGAGGCCCCAACUCUACCCCGCUCUGUUUCUUCUUAGUGAGAAGUCCAGGGUGGUGGUGUAGAUUUGUAGGUCGUCGGCCAAUUUGAGUUUCUUUUGUUUCGUUUCGCUUGCGUUGGUGGUUGAUUUGUUGGGUUUUGGGUCUAAGGCCAUGGCGGCCAUGACGACGGGCCUUGCGGUUGCCACUUCAUUGACUUCCAAGCCCCGUGAUGUGAGCUUCAGUGGGUUGCGGCAUGUGAGAAUUGCUACCACCUCUCUCUCCACAGCUCCCUCCCGCGUUGCGCAGUCUAGUUACCAGCCCUUGAAGGUGGUCGCUGUCGAUUAUCCUCGACCGGAUAUUGAUAACACCACUGGGUUCUUGGAGGCUGCCGCGCUCUCGGCUUACAUGCGCGACUCCCCACGCCCCGAGAAACCUCUCAGGGUUGUCAUUGCCGGAGCUGGUUUGGCUGGACUUAGCACCGCUAAGUACAUUGCCGAUGCUGGCCACAUUCCGAUUCUGCUGGAGGCCAGAGAUGUGCUCGGAGGAAAGGUUGCGGCAUGGAAGGACAAGGAUGGGGAUUGGUACGAGACUGGUUUGCACAUCUUUUUUGGGGCGUAUCCGAACAUGCAGAAUUUGUUCGGUGAACUAGGUAUCAAUGACCGUCUUCAGUGGAAGGAGCACAGCAUGAUCUUUGCAAUGCCCAACAAACCUGGAGAGUUCAGCCGCUUUGAUUUCCCAGAAAUCCCUGCACCUCUCAAUGGUAUAUGGGCAAUUUUGAAAAACAACGAGAUGCUUACGUUUCCUGAAAAGGUUCGCUUUGCUAUCGGUCUUUUACCUGCCAUUGUCGGAGGUCAGUCCUACGUUGAAGCUCAAGACAGUCUCACCGUUCGUGAGUGGAUGCUCAAACAGGGUGUGCCGGAGCGUGUUAACGACGAAGUUUUCAUCGCUAUGUCCAAGGCACUGAACUUUAUCGACCCCGAUGACCUCUCUAUGCAAUGUGUGUUGAUUGCACUUAACCGUUUCCUCCAGGAAACGCAUGGGUCCAAAAUGGCAUUCCUUGAUGGAGCUCCACCAGAGCGCCUGUGCAAACCAAUUGUGGAACACUUCAGCGCACUUGGUGGUGAAGUUCGUCUCAAUGCCCGGUUGAAGGAGAUUGUACUAAACGAGGAUAAUACUGUGAAACAUUACUUACUUUCAGACGGGACUACAGUGGAAGGGGAUGUGUAUGUAUCUGCGAUGCCAGUGGAUAUUGUGAAGCUCAUUAUACCUAACCAGUGGAAACCGAUACCCUACUUCAAGAAAAUGGACAAACUUGUUGGCGUGCCUGUCAUUAAUGUUCAUAUAUGGUUUGACCGGAAGUUGAAAGCUACGUAUGAUCACUUGCUAUUUAGCAGGAGUCCACUCUUGAGUGUGUACGCCGAUAUGUCCACUACGUGUAAGGAGUACUACGACCCAGACAAAUCCAUGUUGGAGCUUGUGUUCGCCCCUGCCGACAAAUGGAUCAGCAAAAGUGACCAGGAGAUUGUCGAUGCAACAAUGGAAGAGCUAGCCAAAUUGUUCCCCAAUGAAAUUGCAGCUGACCAAAGUAAAGCCAAGAUUCUCAAGUACCACGUGGUGAAAACUCCAAGGUCGGUUUACAAGACGGUGCCAGAUUGUGAGCCUUGUAGGCCACUUCAAAGAUCACCUAUUCCAAAGUUCUACAUGGCGGGUGACUUCACUAAGCAGAAGUACCUCGCUUCUAUGGAAGGGGCUGUGCUCUCUGGCAAAUUUUGUGCCCAAUCCAUUGUACAGGAUUUCAAGGCAGGAAAACUGAAAGCGGGCGGUGAGAAGGAAGCUGUGCUGGUCUCUCAAUGACCAAAGCUUGAGACUCAUUUACCCUUGUACUUGUAAUUCAUUAUACUUGGUCGUUUGCACUGGUUGACGCGCGCUUCUCAGCUAACACAUUUUCACCAAUAAUAGGUGGGGCUGUGUUCAAUGCGCAGAAAUUUGGAUUGGUACAGGAUUCACUGAUCCACUGAUUACGAUGCAGCUGAUGGGUCUCGUUGUUAGGUAGGCUUCAUUCAUAUGCCGCAAGCUGAUUUGCCGGAAAUCCAGCAAUUCACUGGUUUUUGAACGAAAAUUGCUGGUUGAAGAUUUACUGUAAGCGGUUCACCGCAUGCUAUUCAGUGCACUUCAUGUUCAAAUCUGAAUCAAUUUCUGUCUCUAA